AUGAAAAAGGAGAUGAAAUGAAAAAGGGAUGAUGAAUAUGCCGGGAAAUUAUAACCGAUCGGUGGUGCCGCCACCACCACCGCCUCUUUUAAAUCAAAGAGAAAUUAGGGAAGCUAUGUAUAAUCAAACAACAGUAGAUCAGGAUUGUCAUUAUGCAACAGGGAGUACAUUUGCUGCUGCAACUUUAUUUAUUUGUUUGUUCCUCUUCUUCAUCACCAAAUUCUUUAAUAUGUUGUUAGUACCAUUACAGCAACCUCGUCUCAUCACCGAACUAACGUGGGAUUAGUAGUAGGAAAUCUGGGGUUCAUGACACAAUUACUGGAGAUGGUGAUUCCACAAUUGGUUAGUUCAUUUGCAGAAAUGGGUAUGAGUUGUUACUUGCUAGUUUUAGGCUUAGAAAUGGAUCUGGCAUUGUUAGCCAAGAAACCAAAUCGCGAAGUUAUCGUAGCAUACACUGGAAUCAUCUCUACAUUCUUAAUCACAAGUACAGUAACACCAUUUAUAAAAUUAGGAAAAGAUGCUAAUACGAUCGGGUUUAUUGUCUCUCUUUCGAUAACCUUAACUGGUACUUCUUCACCCGUCUUAACUCGCUUAGUUACUGAUUUAAGAAUUAGCAGAUCGGAUAUUGGACGACUAGUAAUCGGUGCGGGACUGCAUACAGAUAUGGUAACGAUGCUACUAGUUUCGAUGUCUUUGGUUUUUCAUCCUUACAAAUCGAAGAAAAACGAUCAAAUGAAACUCAAAGAGGGGUUGCAUGUAGUUGUCGUAUUGGCUCUUAUUAUAGUGUUUCUCUCGACUGUAUUGCCUAUUUUUGUAAAUUGGUUAAAUGCGAGAAACCCAGUUGGGAAACCCAUGAAAGGUUCAGAUCUUGUUCUAUUUGUUGCUACAAUGAUGAUUCUAUGCACUACUGGACCUACAAUGGUUGGUUAUAGUCCUACCAUGGCGUCCUUCUUGAUCGGGUUAGCGUUUCCAAGAAAAGGGAGAUUGUCGAAGAUGAUGAUUAGUAAAAUCAAUCAAAUUAUGAACUACGUCAUGUUCCCGCUAUUUUUUAUCUGGAUUGGUGCAUUGGCUAGUUUCCGUGACCUGAGACCUGAUGAGAAAUUCAUAUGGCUCAAGUUACCAUCUUUAUACGCAAUCGUUACGAUAGGAAAGGUUUUAGGAGCUCUUCUUGCUGCGUAUCCUAUUAGGCAUCCAUGGACCUCCGAACAUUCCAUCUAUGAUCAACAUAAUGGAAUUUUCAAGGGGAAAUAAAGCAACAAGGAUUGGAGUUUAUGUUACAGAUAUGAUAGAAAUCAAUGACUGUAAUUCAACGAUAUUUGUUCCUGAGGUGGACGGUAGUUUAGAGAAUGCAACAAUGGCCGACGAAUCAGUGGUGUCCUUGAGAGAACAAAUAACAAAUGCGAUCUUAUCAUACGUAGAGGAAAGUGGUAAAGGGAUCAAUGUACAACGAUUACUUGCGAUAUCGACAUUUGCUAACAUGCACCAAGACUUGUGCAAUUUGGCUGAGGCAGUGCAGGCCUCGCUGCUUAUCUUGCCAUUUCACAGGAACCAGAGACCUGAUGGAAGGAUGGAUGGAGUUAAACAUGGGUUUAGAUAUGUGAACCGCAAGGUACAUGAUAUUUAUGUAGUCUCUUUAGUUUAUUUAUUACUAGACUAGAGCACUGACCAUGUUGGGAAAUGGUUAUGUGCAUAACAGGUUCUUCGACAAGCCCCGUGUUCAGUAGGAGUGCUAGUGGACAGAGGUCUUGGAAGGAUUCAGAAAAGAUCAGCGCCAACGGCGGCAUACAUAGAAGUUGCAGUUGUUUUCAUCGGAGGAAAAGAUGAUAGAGAAGCAUUAUACUAUGCAUCACGUGUAGCACAACAUCCUGGUAUUAAUCUAACAGCCGUUAGAUUUUUAGAAUAAACGGAUACAUCGAAAUCAUCAACAAGAAAACAUAGAAGAAAAUUACGUUCAGUGAUAAAAAUGGAAGAAGAAGAAAGAAAACUUGACGAUGAAUGUUUUACAGAAUUUUAUGAAAAAUCAAUGUCGCGUGGAAGAAUAGGAUACCUUGAAAAGCAUGUUAUUGAUGCCAAAGGUACAGUCUCGACGUUGAAAUCAUUCGAAGGACAUUAUGCUUUGUUUAUUGUAGGAAGAGGAGGUAGAGUUAAUUCGAUAUUAACGGCUGGGAUGAGUGAUUGGGAAGAGUGUCCUGAUUUGGGUCCAAUUGGAGAGAUUCUUGCGGAGUCUGAUUUUUCUCUUACGGCCUCUGUGUUAGUUGUUCAACAACAUUGUUUAGAUGGACUUGAAAAUGAGUUUACAGUCAUGUCAAUCUGAAAGGGUUCAUCUUUUUUCUUCUCUUUUUGACUAGUUGAUGUAGUUUGAUAAUAGUGAACGAUAUUGAUUGCUUAGAUUAAGAUGCAGCUUGUAUCAUGGUGUAGAUAUGGACGCAACAACGUAUACUCAUAAAAUUGUCUCAAAAGAUAAUUAGCUUUCGCAUAAUC